GGUUGCGGUGCUUACCGUACUCUACUCUAGCGUCGAUGAUGCCAAAUGUUUGCCUCGACGUCGAUCCUUCACGACCUUCACGACGACGAAGAUGGCUUUCUUCCCCACAGAUGCACUCCGGCAUGUCUGGUGCCGAAUGAACCGUAUAGGCUCCGCCGAGGGUCCCCACAUCCCGCUUGCGACCCGCUUUUUCCACAAGCUAGAAUCGCGAUGUCUGUAGCUGCAUGGAAGGGUUUGAUCUUGUCGAAAACAGCUGCAGAAUCACGAUUGGCACGCGGCACGCCCCGAGCAGACGCAGUGUACAACCAUUAUCUGAACCCUGGGAACCGUUGCUGAGGCCCCUUCCCUCCCUAUACCCCGCCUGACACGUCCGUCUGGUGCCGCUCCCGAGGUAGCUAGCGGUGCGCGGUGGUUCCAAUUCCAUAAAGACCCUCUACAUCUACAUCUCGUAGUCCAGCAGCCAGACAGCACAAUCAUCACCACCAUGGCGUUCACAAUCCUCCUCAUUGCGCUGUUCCCAGUGCUGUACUACCUCCUUCCAUACCUCGCCGACGACAAGAAACUUCGCCGCUUUCCCUCCCCGUUCCCCGCCGCUUUCUCGGAAUUUUGGCUCUUCUACCAGGCCCGCCGCGGACGUAGAUACCUCGCUGUCCACGCCGCCCACGAGAAGUACGGAAGAUUCGUUCGCGUUCAGCCAAAGCACGUUUCCGUUGCCGACUCCGCCGCCAUUCCGGCCAUCUACGGUCAUGGAACUGGGUUCACGAAAUCUGAGUACUACGACAGCUUUGUCUCUAUCGCCCGCGGGCUGUUCAACACCCGUGACCGCGCCGAGCACACACGCAAGCGUAAGACGGUGUCACAUAUUUUCUCGACCAAGAGCGUGCUGCAGUUUGAGCCGUUUAUUCAUCACAACCUCGAGCUCCUGGCGAAACAAUGGAACAAGAUGUCGGACCGCCCAGACCUGCCCGGCGGGUUCCACAAGCUUGAUUGUUUGCAUUAUUUCAACUACCUGGCUUUUGAUAUCAUCUCGGAUUUGACCUUUGGCGCACCUUUCGGCAUGCUCGAGUCGUGCAAAGACGAGGCGGCGGUGAAGGAUCCGCGCACCGGCAAAGUGACCACCGCUCCCGCCAUCGAAGUCCUUAACCGUCGCGGUGAGGUAUCUGGCACGCUCGGAUGUGUCCCCUGGGUCAAGAAAUACGCCAAAUACAUCCCGGACAAGUUUUUCACUCAAGGCAUCAAAGCCGUCGAAAACCUCGCGGGUAUCGCCAUUGCACGUGUCAGCGAGCGAUUGGACCAUGGAAAAGGAGCAGGCCGCGAGGACCUCCUCAAGAAACUGAUGGACGGCCGCGACGGCGACGGCAACCCCCUCGGCCGCAAGGAAACCGAAGCCGAAGCCCUGACCAUGCUUAUCGCCGGAUCCGACACGACUAGCAACACGCUCUGCUCCCUCAUGUUCUGGGUCCUGCGCACCCCCGGCGUCCUCCAAACCCUCCAGAAAGAACUCGACGCCGCCCUCUCGCCCCAUGGCGAAUGGGAAAUUCCCCGCUAUGGUGCCGUAAAGGACCUCCCCUACCUCCGCGCCGUCAUCAACGAGACUCUCCGUAUCCACUCGACUUCCUCGCUCGGUCUUCCCCGCCUCGUCCCGCCGGAGGGCGCAACCGUCUGCGGCGAAUUCUUCACCGGCGGAACGGUCCUCUCGGUUCCCGCGUACACGAUCCACCACUCCACCGAGGUCUGGGGCGAGAACGCUGAGGAGUUCGUUCCCGAGCGGUGGUUCGACCUUACCGCGCUGCAGAAGAGGAGCUUCAUCCCGUUCUCGACGGGUCCCAGGGCGUGUGUCGGACAGAAUCUGGCGGAGAUCGAGAUGACGACUAUUGUGGCGACGGUGUUUAGUGGCUGGGAGUGGAAGUUUGCCGAGGGAGAGCUCCAGGGCCUUCCCGGCGCGGAGUUGAACACGUGUGAGGGGUUCUUGAGGAAGCCGCUUGGUGUUGAGGUGGGAGUCAAGAGGAGAAGGGCGUAGAAGGAAGUUUCUUUGGGACGAUGGAUCAUGGAAUUGCUUGUUUUUAUCUCUGCUAGAGACGCUGUUUAUGGACUGGAAGUUCGUGCGAAUGAAAGUGAUUGGACCAUUCUGCUGUGCGAAGUGCCGCGAGAGAAAUGAAGGUGCAUAGAUUCUAAUCGCCAGUGUUCCCGCCAUAUGUGAAAUAGAUAAACCAUCCCUAAUGCUUGGAGCAGCCAGUCGGAGAAACAGCGCAUUAGGUACCUCCGGUAUC